AUGCGCAGCUCGUUUUUGAUCCUCGUCGUUGCUGCCGUCUCGGCCAAUGCACUCACCCUGAAGCCAGCCCGUCGAGCCUCACUGACAUGCGACUCGACCGACAAGGCUGGAGGGACUUUCAUCAAGACUGAGACUACCACAGACGAAGGUGCAAACCUUGUCGUUUGCUCUUAUACCUCCGGGACGUGCCAGUAUUUUGCGGAGAAUGGAACUUUCUCCUCCGGAUCAAGCACAUGUCCUAAAGGUCUAGUUGCUGGAGGAAGCACCGACACGACCACAUCGGCGGCGGCGGCAUCAACCACGGCCACAGAGGCUACGUCCACGAGCACUCCACCCCCAGCGACAACGACCGCUGCAGAAUCGACUUCUACUACCGAAGCAGUCACGACAUCUUCGACAUCUUCAACUUCUUCUGAUACCCCUUCUUCGACCAUACCCCCUGCCACGACUUCUUCAACCAUACCCCCUGCCGCGACAACCUCGUCAACUUCUUCGGUGGCCGCCACCACGUCGUCUUCUUCCAUCAUCUCGACUACGUCAAUCGUUUCGACGACUUCAUCCUCGUCCAGUAGUACGGCCGUGGAAGCUACGACUUCCGCUGAAGCGACCACCUCGUCGAGUUCCAGCGCACCGGCCAGCACUUCCACGACUCCCGCCGUUGCAACCACUUCCAGCGUAACCCGAGAUGUGGCUGCACCGUCCUCGGCCUCUGCCGCUACUUCGUCUGCUGCGUCUGCCACCACCACUGCGACCACUUCCGGAGCUAUUUCCGUGGCCGCUCGCUCAGGUUGGACCUGGAGCGUUGUUGCUGGCGCUGUGGCAUUCAUCUACGCUCUGUGA